AUGCCCCUUUCGGCCGUCGACGGGAAGAGCCUCCUCGAGGCAGGCCGACCGAGCCAAGGUCGCCUCGCUUUUCCGGCGAUAGCAACCCCCUACUACAACCUCUCAAGCCCUGGCCGUGCGGCCUCCCUGAACCAUGGCAACGUCCCCCGCCAAGCUACAACAACUACGACGAUGGGGGAGGCAGCCAGCGACCAAGACCCGCCCCACGGGAGGAGCUUCACCGCCCCACUAUUACCCCAAGUCAACCCCGCCUCAGGCCGAGAGUAUCCGGCCGGGGCCGAGCCGCGCUCGCGAUCGCAGAGACCGCAGCAAGAGGCUACGAGCCCUGACAGACAGCGGCGAAGAAGACAUCGGCACGAACGGGAUGGCCGGGACGCCAAAGAUGACCGGUACGACCGCUUGCCCAGGAACCGAUCGCCCGAUGGCAAUGCCGACGAGGCGCCGAGGGCGCGACGCAAGGCCAAGAGUGUACCGCGACAAUACGAGCGAGACAACCCUUACUCGGAACGAUACUCUGGCGACCCCCAGAGGGAAAAGGAUCGAAAGCUCGAACAGUCUAGCCGUGCCCGCCGAACGCGCUCGCCCGGUGACAAUACCCGCAGGAAGGACGGGCCGGGCAUCAGGGAGGAUCCCUAUGCUCGCCGAGCUCGCUCCGUUGACUCGCGAAGGGAUGACCGAGGUGAUACCCGCCGCCGCCGUGGCGGGUCUAGAGACCGUGCCAAAGAUCGGGGCGGGGACAGAGAGCGAGAUAGAGAUCGUGGCCGCGACCGGGACCGGGAGUAUGACCGUGACCGUGAUCGAAAGCCAACAAGGUCGGAACCUCGGUAUCGACACGACGAGCCUCGGUCAUCUAAGCCCGCCACCCGGGGUCUCACGGCAAGACGACCAGGGCCCGAGCGAAAUCCGCGGGCAUGGACCUUCCCUGGCAGUCUAUCGCAGCUGCUGCCCUCCAAGCGGGCUGCCGCCGCCUUCAAAGCUCGUCGCGACCCUGGCCCUUGGGUUGGUGCCAAGGGCACCCGGGUGGCGACUGCUGCCAUUGGUGCUGCUUUAGCAGAUGGGAUGUCUGGAAAGAAGGGCAAGAAGAGAUAG